GACGCAAAAUUAACCGCGACAUUUUCCGCUGCUGUAAUAUUCACGUGGAGUAUUUUGAAGCAAGCACACGAGUGAAGCCCUCAAAAUGAAACAAUACGGAGGAGUAAUAAAACCUAAGACGAAGAGGGCCAAGCGCUUCCUUGACAACAGAGCCCCCAAGCUUACAGAGAACAUCAAGAAUGCCAUGAUUAUGAAAGGAGGCAACACCAGUAUGACUGUCACUCAGGCAUUGAAAGACAUUUAUGCCCUGAAGAAACCAAGUGCUGUGCUGUACAAAAAGAAAAAUAUAACCAGGCCAUUUGAGGAUUCUACAUCAUUGGAAUUCUUCUCGAAGAAAACCGAUAGCUCUCUCUUUUUGUUUGGCUCACACAACAAGAAAAGGCCAAACAAUCUCAUAUUUGGUCGUCUAUUUGAUUUCCAUGUGCUGGAUAUGAUUGAGCUUGGCAUUGAGAAGUAUAAGUCCCUAAGUGACAUCAAGAGCAGCAAAUGUCCCGAGGGGACUAAACCAAUGCUGGUGUUCGCAGGGGAUGCUUUUGACCAUGAGAAUGACCAUAAACGCCUAAAGAGCCUUCUUACAGACUUCUUCAGAGGUCCUGUUGUGCCUUCAGUGCGCCUGGCUGGUCUGGAGCAUGUCCUGCACUUCACUGCUCUGGAGGGGAAAAUCUACAUGCGCAGCUACAGAUCUCUGUUGAAGAAGUCUGGAUGUCGGACCCCAAGGAUUGAGCUGGAGGAGAUUGGGCCGUCUUUUGACUUUAUCUUGCGGAGAACCCACCUGGCAUCAGACGACCUGUACAAGACAGCUCACAAACAGCCCAAGGCUCUGAAGCCCAAGAAGAAGAAGAACAUAUCCCACGAUACUUUUGGUACCAAGUUUGGCAGGCUGCACAUGCAGAAGCAGGAUCUGGCCAAGCUCCAGACACGUAAGAUGAAGGGUCUGAGGAAGAGGAGGGGCCCGGCAGCCGCUGCUGUUGUGGCGGGAGAGACGUCCCCGAAAACCACUGAAGUAGAGUGAAGUCUUCCCAGGCUUUAAAUGACGUUUCACAAGCUCACGUCAUCAAGUUAACUGUGGAUGUUGACUGAUUUCUUCAAUGAUCAUUUGUCAUCAAUUGUCAUCAAUGAUGAAAAGAAUGACCCCCCCCCCCCCCCCCCCCCACACACACAUGUUUACCUUCUGUAGGUAUGUUCGUCAAUGUUUCAAGACAACAAUGUGGUGGUGUGCUAAUCGACAUCUCUUUCUAAUGCCUUACAAAUCGUCUUCGUUCUGUUGCUGAUGUUGCUUAGGUUGGAAAGGUUUUAUGUUAAUGGUAGGCAGUCUGUGGGUGCAUAAGAAAAAAUUGAAUUAGCCGUCAUUCAUCUAAAAUACUUUUUUAUUUUCUGUAUUUUAAACUGCGUGUACAUCGAGGAACAGUUCUCAAUGAAUAAAUUUGUUUUGUACA